AUGGUAGCUGCAUCUACAGCCAGUUCGACUUCUGGGGAGAGUGAUCCUACUUUGACCCAUCGCGUUCUCUGCGUUCACGGUCAUGCUCAGAGCCCUGAGGGCUUCCAUCAAAAGACUGGCGGUAUGAGAAGGCCAUGCAAGAAACUGGUCCACUUUGAUUUCUUGCAAGGGCCCUAUGAGGUCCCUCCGGAUGACGUCUUCGCCAGCCACGAUCCGGAUAGCGAGAAGACCUACACUUGGGUCGAUCCCAAGAAGGAGAGCCCGGAGAACCUGGGAGAAUUUUAUGUAGAAGGUAUCGCUAAGGCCAUGACCCCGGAGACACAGGGUUUGUUGGGCUUUUCUAUGGGCUGCCCUGCCAUCCUUCUCGCAAUGGCUCGGUACCCUAAGGCGUUCGAAAAUGUCAAGUUCAUCAUAUUAUGUGGUGCAUUCUUCCCACAGAACAAUUCUGAGCAGGAGGCAGAGAUUCGUGCCUGCCCCCUCUGGCCCAAGGUUCGGGCAAUGUUCAUCUGUGGCAAGUCAGACCAGGUAGUCGCCGAAGAACGCAGCCUUAGAGUUGCUAAGAUGUUCACUGACCCUGUUGUAUUUGAACACGCUAAGGGCCACAUGGUCCCGUCAGAGGCUCGGAAGGACGUGAAAGCGUUCAUUCAGAGUGCUUUGUCUGAGUAA